CGCGAAUCCUGCGUCGUUCGCGUUUUUCUGUUUUCAUUUCAGUCAGUCGCGAUUUGAGCGUAUUAGUUGGCGUUUGUGUAGGGGAAUUCCGCGAUCGUCGCGUCAUUGAAUCGCUGCCGGUGCCGCAAAAAACCGAAACGCGCCAUUAAUGUUGAAUUUUCGCCAAGAGCAACACCAACAUCGACGCGAAAAUUAUGUAAACCGGUUCAGAAAUUUCCCGAAAAAAUAAAAAAAACGUGGGGUGAUACGAUUUUUCCGCACCCACGGUGCUUGCUAAGGAGUUUCAGGCUGUUGUUUUGACGGGUAUAUCGUUUGCCAAAGAUUGGUCGUUGGUUUUUUUUCUCAAUAUUGUGAUAGAUUUUCGAGCGCCGGCUGUGAUAUAGUUUUACUGGUUUGUUUAUAAUUUUUUUGCUGUAAAUAUGAUGAAGAAGGAGAAGCCGAUGAUGUCGGUCACUGCUAUUAUACAAGGUCAGGCCCAACAACAUUGGAGCAGAAGUUUGACGGCGGGUUUUCGAAAUCACCCACACAUGCCUUUAGGUCUAAGCUUGGAUCAGAAUCUGUCGAUGGGCGCGCUCGGGCCGCAAUCGCCGCUCGAAAUCAAGCCGGACGCAUCGACGUUGAAUCAAUUCAGUCCGCAGGGGCCCAACAGCCCGAAUUCCUUCCAGCUCGGCGGGCACCAGAACGUGCUCGGCUCGUCGUCCACCUCGCAGAAAACCAACUCGCCCUAUCCGCCCAAUCAUCCGCUGAGCGGCUCCAAGCACUUGUGCUCGAUAUGCGGCGACAAGGCCAGCGGGAAGCAUUACGGCGUUUACAGUUGCGAAGGAUGCAAAGGGUUUUUCAAAAGAACAGUACGAAAGGAUUUGUCGUACGCGUGCAGAGAAGAAAAAAAUUGUAUUAUAGAUAAAAGACAAAGGAACAGAUGUCAGUAUUGUCGAUAUCAGAAAUGCCUGCAAAUGGGCAUGAAACGGGAAGCAGUGCAAGAAGAAAGGCAACGAACGAAAGAUAGAGACACAUCAGAAGUGGAAUCCACAUCGAAUAUUCAAACCGAAAUGCCAAUAGAAAGAUUAUUAGAGGCGGAAAGAAGGGUCGAAUGUAACGAUCCGCCCGUUCCAAUAGAAAGCGCCGUAACAAAUAUUUGCCAAGCUACGAACAAACAGCUAUUGCAGCUGGUCGAAUGGGCGAAGCUGAUACCGCACUUUACGACGUUACCGGUGUCCGAUCAGGUGCUGCUCCUGCGCGCCGGUUGGAAUGAACUGCUCAUCGCCUCGUUUUCCUAUAGAUCCAUACACGCGCAAGACGGCAUCGUUCUGGCAACGGGACUUACUGUAAAUAAGCAAUCCGCUCACGCCGUAGGUGUAGGUACGAUAUACGACAGAGUCUUAUCCGAACUGGUGAAUAAAAUGAAAGAAAUGAAGAUGGAUAAAACGGAAUUAGGGUGCUUAAGGGCAAUUAUUCUCUAUAACCCGGACGUACGAGGUUUAAAAUCGUCUCAGGACGUGGAAACUCUUCGAGAGAAAAUCUACGGCGUCCUUGAGGAGUAUACGAGGAUGAACCAUCCGAACGAGCCCGGUCGAUUCGCCAAGCUCCUUCUACGCUUACCGGCUCUCCGAUCCAUCGGAUUGAAGUGUCUCGAACAUUUGUUCUUUUUCAGGCUGAUCGGCGACGUGUCCGUCGAUACGUUUCUAAAGGAGAUGCUCGAAAAUUCGUCGGAUUCUUAAGCGAUGAUCUCGUGCGGAAAACGGAUACGUUCAUUUGGAGGUGUACGACAGACUGUAUGAAGCAUUGAAAAGUUUAUUUGCAAGUAAUAAUUAUUUGGACAGCGUAAACCAACUGAUACAUUGUACCUUUCAAGACGAUGUUGAAGUAAUUUCUUAUCUUCUUUCUAAUAGUA